AUGUUACCAGAGUUUUCCAUCUAAGCUGUUAAAUUGUAAGCUAACUCUAGACAACCUAAACCAGUAAAGGUAAUUAAGUUAAUUUAUCAAACAGUAUGUACCCCCUAAGCCUAAGAGUCCUGCUUAAAAAAGAAGCUGUAUUUAAAUAUUAAUAAGUUUAGCAUCUUAGCAAAAACCCAUAACAAAAGCCAAAACGUCAACAGAUAAGCUUACUAGAAAAGGUUCGGAGGAUUUCUAAGAACCCCAAUAAUCAUAAUAGGUGGUCACCAUUGAAGCUCCAUAAUAAAAGAUUAUUAUGAAUAUGGAUGAAAGAUAUCAAUAUUAUGAGAAUGAAGCAAAAAAGCGAUAAAAUGUGAUUGAUGUAUGUGACGGAGUGCAAUUUUAUAAGCCAGUCAAACCAGAUGAAAUGCCUAAGCCUCCUAAACCUAAAAAGUAAACAUCCAAAAUUGAAAAUGCUAAAUAAGUUUCACGAACUGAGAAAUCAGAAAAAUAAUCUGUUUCCUCCGAUUUACAACAUUCUCUACAUCAAUCAAGAUCUCUUUAUAAUCAAACAACUUCAAGAGAGCAGCAAUAAUCUACCUCUACUUUAAUUGAAGAAUGCUAAACACAACAGAUAGCUGUGGAUCCAAAUUUCUUAGUUUAAGGAGAAGUGGAUGGUUAUUAAAUCGAUGAAAGUUAAUCCUAAAUGUUUGGUUUUGGGUUGACUGAUUAUAUUAAAAAUAAUGUAAGAUAAUCUUUAAAUCAAUAGAACCAUAAAAAAGAACUUGGAGAAAAAGAUGUGACAAAUGAAGUUAAACCCUAAUCAGAAUCUGUUUAUACAUAUUAUGAUUACUAUCCUCCUAAUGCAAACGGAGAAAUCCCAAAACCACUAUUGGAAAGUGUGAAUUAUAUGAAUUACCUAAAAGAGUAAUAGGCCUUAUAAGCUCAACAAGCCUAGGAAGCGCAAUAAUAGUAAUAAUAAUAAUAAUAAUAAUAAUUCAAAAGUAAAUGA